AUGUCAAGCAACAAGCUUCCGGAAGAGAUUUACCACGAAAUCUUGAUUAGAUUACCAGUCAAAUCCGUAUUAAAAAGUAAGUCUGUUUGUAAAUCUUGGUAUUCCCAAAUUUCGAAUCCUAAUUUUGUUAAAUCACACCUCAAUCAAACUAAGAACAACUCUAGUAGCAAUAGUAGGCUGUUGCUUGGAAUUGGUGAUGAUCUGCACUCUAUUGGUUAUGAUUCCUUAGUUCCAUCCAUGGAUUUUGAAGAUUCUGCAGUUAGAAUGCGGUAUCCAUUUAAAUUACAAAUUCAGUGUGUUAGAUUAUUUGGUUCUUGUGAUGGUCUGGUUUUUCUUUGGCUUUAUGGUUGCUCUGUUUAUUCUGAUGAUGGCGAGGAUAUCUUGUGUGCUUGGAACCCAGCAACCAGGGAAUACAAGAACAUACCUCAAUCACCAUCUAUACAUUUCAACGAUAUCUGCAUAAAUGGUCUUGUAUAUGAUGGUAAGAAUGAUGAUUACAAAUUUGUAAUUGGGGCAGAUGGUUUAAGUGAGUUGACUACUUUUGUGGAAAUCUUUUCGUUAAGAUCAAAUUCAUGGGAAAGGAUUCUAACACCUUACUGGUCUACUUAUGGUGAUUGGAAAACUGGGGUACUUGUUAAUGGGGAUCUUCAUUGGCUAGCCAAAGGGGAAUGUGGCGUUUGCAUAGUCUAUUUGGAUAUCAGCUGCGGCAUGCCAUGGUUCAAAGAAAUUCAACUACCAACAGUGCCUAAUUUGGAGUUUCUUAUUGUGGGAGUGUUGGAAGAGGGGUGCCUUUGUGUAGUUUCUGAUAAUGGUGAUUCGGUUGGUCUUGGUCGUGUUCAGGUGUGGGAAAUGAAAGUUUAUGGGGUUCGUGAAUCUUGGACUAAACGUUAUGUUAUCACCAAUGAGAGAAUUACUAAGUCAGUUAUGGUUACAGAACCUGGUUGGAAGAUUAUAUGGUCUUUUAAGAAUGGAAAGAUUGUAUUCAUGGAUUCUCAUAAACUAGUGUUAUAUGAUCCAAAGCAUAGAACUGCCGUUGAACGGAAUUUAGAUAGGUUGGCAUAUUUUACGUCAGAAGCUAACUAUGUUGAAAGCUUAUUUUCACUCAAUUCUGAUACAUACGUGGGGACAGAACUAUUAGAGGAAUCAACUGAAGACGAGGAAUCAACCGAAGAGGAUGAGGAAUCAACUGAAGACGAAGGCUAA